ACCUGCUGGAGGUCUCGGGGCAUGAGACAUCACAACGUCGUAACUGGGCCAACUUGCAAUCUGUGGGUGUAGCCAAAGACGUCUCAUGACCGUAUUUACUCUUGUGCAUCAUGUUUCAAUGAGACACGUGCUCUUACAAAGUGGUGGGCAACAAAAGGUUGGACAACCGUAAUCAUGACUUCGAAACAGGGUAGACAAGAAUCAAGCUUCAUCUACAAGAAUAUUGCACAUCUUAUGCCGCAUGGAUAUCACAUAUGCUUACUCCAUAGAUCGGUUCACAAAGGAUGCCGCCGCGUGUUUGCGCGGACAGACCAACAGAGAACAGACCCGGGGAGAAGAUCCGUCUGCCGGAGCUUCUAGAGCAUUUUCACGAGGGUUCGUUCAUCUUAAAAAAGAGAGUUCAGGGGUGUCGACUGUCGGCCGCGUGAUCUAUGAGCCGCCAUCUCCGGGGGAAUGGACAACCGAGCGACGGCGAGAUGAGGCUAAGCUGGGAUGCCUUGGGAAGAAAAAGACCCUCUGUGUUUUUGUGUGUAGGGGACAGCAGCGAGGCGAAAUAGGAUGCGCUAGUGAGGCUUCUCGAAUUUGACAGGCGAGCAAGAGAAGAAAGGAGAUGAGGGGCCAAGCGAUGAAUACCGUCUGUGGUGACAUGCUUUGUUGACCACUCGUUGCUUGAAAGAUGAGGUAGGUCUGCGACAUACUCCGUACACGGGCUUCAUUUGAAGUGUGAUCCACCCAAGUUCGAUAUAAACAAUACGACAGACCAAUACAAAAGGCAGACUCAACUGGAAAAAAGGUCUGAGAACAAGCUCGUUCUCUUGCUCUUGGUCAUAGACUCAGCCCCUCCAGCUAAUCAACGCUCAAUUUCCAGGGACCCGGGUCCCCUCGCUCGUCUCUCCUGUACCGUACCAGGGCUUACGGACAUGGGACACGAACGACGACCCAAAGACUGGGGAGUCCCCUGAGAUCAGGCUGGGCCCCUGAUAUCGGCCCAGGUGGGCGGGUUAGGAUGACCCUGGCUUCGUCAUGGGCAUUGGGAACGAACAAAGAGGGGCUGAGUUUUGGAAGUUGAAAGAAGCACUGUAGAAGUUAAAGGGGGUUCAGGAAAUAUUAUCACCUCUUCUGAGUUCAGUUCAGUUCAGUUUGUCGUGAAAGAAUGGGCUUGUGUCUUGUCUUGUAGGCAAUGACGUGUAUAAAAUGGGAAUUGUGAGGAUUGGCGUCUCCAAGGUGAUGCAUAUUUUCUUUUUCCUCCCUCUCUGCGGGCUCUUUUUGUUUUUGCCAAAAGUUUAUCAUUCAUUAGAAAGUCUUACAUACUUUUUGUACUCCACUACUUGAUUGGCUUCCCGUCCGACGGGCCGCUCGCAUGUACCGCCGUAGACGAGGAGACAGAGUCCUGUUAGUUAAUGUAAA